GGCAAACCGAGCUAUUCCCCGUUGGGAACUUAAUUCUGAACCACAAUAUCAUGAACCUGAAGGAACAUAGUAGGUGAAACUGUGCAUUGUAUGGGGGCGGGUGAGUGAUGGUGCUUGAUCUAUCAACGCCAUGUCUGAAUUCUGGUUUGGCGAGUCACAUGACGCACGAUGGAGACGUAGUUAAGUGUCAAUUACACCAAAACAAGUUUGUUAAAAUAUAUAGUUGGCAGUGUCAAAUAUAUCACCUCAGCUGAUCAACAUAUCAAGUGAAUUUGAAUGCUUGCUAUCUGGUUCUAAGACCCUUCCUUCUAAAUGGGGAGUGUUCCAUAUUCACAGAGACAUAUGCUGAAUGUGCAAUGGAAUAUUCUACUGUUCCAGAAGUCUUUGUCUACUAAUCCUCUUUAAUGAACAAAAUCUUCGAUUUUGAUGUUGAUUAUACACUAGAUUUUAAUAUUGGCAUCCUCAUGAACUUUAAAGAUUCUAAUUGUUAUAUAAUAAUGAUUCUGAUGAAAAAUCUUUCCCUGAUAAGUAAUAACUUGAGAUUUCAGAUAAAUUAGAAUAUUAGACAAAAAUAGACUUUCGAGUGAGAUUUCCACUAGUACCGUCGUCUUCAGGUUUCCCAAAUCAUUUCAAUCUGAUGAUCUGGAUGAUGAACAAUAACACUCUCCAUUUUGUUAGUAAAAAAAAUGCUAGUUUCUGGUUUAUAUGCAUGCUUCAUGCAUGAGAUGUAUUAACAGACUACAAGCUAAUACACAUGACCAAAAACAAAACUGUUCAUUUCUUUACCCCUUCAAGUAAUCUCAGCUUGUACUGCAACCAUAGAAGAUGGUAUUAGGUUUGACUCAUUACACAUGCUCUUUUUAUGAUGUGUAUUUAUGAUUCUGAGCAUUUGUUUUCAUCUACUUAGGUCUGCAUUCCACAUCUAGAAGCUGAAACCUCGAAUACAUAUCUGUAUAUGUAAAUAAGGCAAAUGUAAUCUUCGGUUCCAUAAAAAUUGAUUUUCUACCGGCUACAGGGUAAAAAAAUGGCGACUCCAUUCAUCACUGAGCACAACCUCGCAUUUCUAGCUCUGGUUGUUAUUUCAAUGUUUUCCUGCACUGUUUCAGGGAAGGUAUUUGACUCUUUCCCUCAAGGAGCUGUUAAUGGAAACCUGCCUCAAACAGGAGGUGCGGGCGGAUAUGUUCCUCAAAUUGGGAAGGUAGGCGGAUGUGUUCCUGAAGUAGGAAAUGCAGGCGGAUAUGUUCCUCAAACGGGUAUUGUAGGCGCUGGAGAUCCUGCUGAAGUUGUUUCCAAGGCCCUGCUAUGUUUCAAAAAUAACUACGUUUAUAGUAGCUGUGAGAAAUCCUACAGAUUAACAGAGAGCGGAAACAUCAACGUGCCACCAGGAUACACUGAUCAGUACUGCCAUGGGUCGUGCUUGAGCGAAACAAAUCUUGUGCUGAAUUGUAUUGACAACAUAUUAUCCCACUUUUUGUUUUACAACAGGGCUUCCAUAUAUGACCUGAGGGCCACGAUCAAGGCAGGAUGUAGUUAUGGUCCACACAGAGGUAACUUCAAUGUGGAAGAGCAUAUCCUAGCAAGAGAGAACAGUGCUUGGAGGGAUUCCAGACCUCUCCUGCCCGGGCUUCUAUUAAUGAUAAUGUACAUGGGGACAUAGUUUAGUGUUGUUAUCAUAAUACAUUUGAUCAGUCUGUACUAAGUUGAUAAAGAAAUUGUGGUUUCUGGCAUAUCAUUUGACUCUGUGGCUUAAUUAAUCGUCCUUUUAGAUUC